AUUGUGGGCGGAAAGAUGUUCUGGUGGGAAAUCCUGUCGUCAGUUUGGACAAUAUCUCUGUCUUUGCGAAAAAGGAAAGACAGGAAGAAAUUGUGAAGCACAGGAAGAGUUAAAGAAUACUCUUGCUGUUGGAAUUGAGUUCAACAAUCUAGAAUAUGAGCCAGAGUAUGAAGACUUGGAGAAUCCAACAACGGAAACGCUUGUCAAACUAAUAGAGGAUGCUGUAAGAGAUUUUUAUUUAUGAUUUGGAGACAACCUUUUAAUUAGUUGUAUUAAUUAACGAUUGAUCUUAGGAAUGUAUUUGAAACUGAUUUCUUUUAAGACUGCUCGAACCCUCAGGUGAGUGAAACUAGAUGGAAUUUUCAGAAAUCACGAGUUGUGUAAAUCAUUACUGGCUUGAUCUUUCAUGGCACUACUCAUUAUACGGCUGAUAAAGUAAUAUUAUUACUAUUUAUAAUAAGUUUAGCGGCUCCCAGCUAAUUAUAUUUCACAGACUCUGUUCGAAAUAUAUGAGAACAAAUGGUAGGAAUUUCCCAGUUAGUGCUUCAAACCACUUUUUAACGCCAACAGAAGGGCGAACCCCGCUAAAGAAAACAAUACUAGGAGCCUGGGUAUACCCACGAGGCCCUGGGACCUAGAUCUCGUGGUCCCAUGAUGCUUCGGUGGCUUUUUUCCUCGUGCUUCAAUCCAUUCAGGAAGUAUUUUGCUUUUGCCUUACCCUGCCUUGCCGUAUUUUAGACUAUACUUCUGUGUUUUUACACAGUAGGUUUCUUUUUGGUGAUAUUUGUCGCUUUUCAGGAUAUUUAAAACCGCUGAACAUGUCCCACAGAAGACACAAGUCGCGUAAGAGGAAUCGUUCCCAGUCACCAUCUUCCUGCCAAAACUCUGUUUUGUCGCCUGACGUACAUCAUGAAGGGUCCCUGUAGAAACGGCGUAAGGACAAAAACGAUUCCCUUCAAAAUAAUUUUCAGUCUAUUGAACGUCUUUUCAACCGAAUAGAUUCGGUAGAGUCCCAAGCAAAUCAGCCAGAAACUAUUGCAGAUACUGACAACGAUGCUUACCAUUUAUGGCUGGUGAAACAUCAGGCUUGGAGAAAAGUGAACCUUUGCCGACCGAAGGGUCUUUUAAGACUGCUACUACGUCCGUUGGGGCACCCGUAAAGCCUAUUAAGGCACCCGUAGCGCCUAUUCAGGCACCCGCAGCACCUACUAAGGCACCAAGAGAGUCUGGUAAGACAUCUGACGAAGCUGAAAACUCAGCGAAAUGUAGUGAUGCUCAUGGGCUGUUCGACCCAGUUGCCAAGUCAACCUCCUGGAAACCAGCAGCCUCUUUCUCCAAGUUUCUAGAUACCAACUUUCGGAGAAAAUUAUCUUACCUGCAAUCUCUGGUUAUUAUGGAUUACUGGGCAACUCCUGAAGUGGAUGCACUCUCUGCUCCAAAACUCGAUCAGCAAUUGUUGAAUCAAGGACCAUUUAGAGUGAAAAAGUUUGUACAAGAAAGGGACAAGGCAAUGUUUAAUGUUGAGCAUGCUUUCUUAAAUGCCACAGGCCCACUUUGUGGCGUUCAUGAUUGUAUCGAAAAUGAUUCAGCUCCAACUUAUGAGGAAAUUAAAGCAGCUUUGGAGCAUGCUCUUUGCCUUUUAGGCUCAGCCAAUGCUCAGCUGUCUAUCCUUAGACGACAGAGAGUCCUAGCCACCAUAAACCGUUCGUGGACAAACCUCGCAGAAUUACCUCUGCCUAAUGCAAAAUCAUAGCUAUUUGGAGAUGAUUUCCCCUCCCUGGCCUCAAAACAGGUCGAGUUUUCAAGAGGCCUCACGAAAAAUUUGGCACAAACUACAGGGAAAUCCUUUUCUAAACGUAGUAAUAGUUCCCAUUCUCAAAGCAAACAUCGAGGAGACACCUUUAACAAGUAACAAUCAUUGGGUAUUCAAACCCAUCUAAAUCUCAGUCAAAUUACCAAGGGCCUCGAUCAAAAAAUGGGCUUUUUCGUCCCCCUCACCAGGGACGUCAGCCAGACUCUCAGAGUGCAUAAUGUCUUGGAGAACCCUAACAUCGGACACACAGAUUCUCUCAAUUGUUUCAGGUUACAAGAUAUGUUCCUCAAAACUCCUUUUCAAAUGUCUCCACCAUUUACCCAAGCAUCGGGUCAGGUGGCACUCCUAAUCUCCAGGAAGUGAGCGAGUUAUUGUAAAAAGGGGCCAUACAAAAAACCCCUUUUACCAGAGACGGUUUUUACAGCCGCCUGUUUCUUGUACCCAAAAAGGAGGAUCUAUGCGUCCGGUGAUAGACCUAAAUUCUGUGAACAAGUUCAUUGUAGACGAGCAUUUCCAGAUGGAAAACCUCAGUUGCCUAAUGACGUUGCUUUUACCAGGAGAUUUUAUGACAAAUAUAGAUUUAAAAGAUGCUUACCUUUCUGUGCCUGUCCACGAGUCUUCCCGAAAGUUCCUUCGCUUCAUUUGGAAGGGAACACGUUACCAGUUCUAAGCUCUUCCAUUCGGCCU